AUGGUCGCCCACGCCUCAUGCUUCUGUACUCUCCACGAGCUCGUUCAGCACCUGGAGUGGAGGGAGGGCACAAGGGAUGCGACUGAUCCAGUGAUUCCUACUGAAUGUACUAAAUUGGUCACAUCACAAGCCUGUUGCGCAAAAGAUAGUAAAUAG